UUACAGUUCUGACCCACUUCAAGGUUGCAUCUCUAAGGCAGGGUCUUGGACUGGGCUGCUGCCAAUAACCCGCAGCCAUGAGUUCCGACGCCGAGAUGGCCAUCUUUGGGGAGGCAGCUCCGUACCUCCGAAAGUCUGAAAAGGAGCGCAUUGAGGCCCAGAAUAAGCCUUUUGAUGCCAAGACAUCAGUCUUUGUGGCGGACCCUAAAGAGUCCUUCGUGAAAGCAACAGUGCAAAGCAGGGAAGGGGGGAAGGUGACAGCCAAGACUGAAGGAGGGGCGACUGUAACCGUGAAAGAGGACCAAGUCUACCCCAUGAACCCUCCCAAAUACGACAAGAUCGAGGACAUGGCCAUGAUGACGCACCUGCACGAGCCGGCCGUGCUGUACAACCUCAAAGAGCGUUACGCAGCCUGGAUGAUCUACACCUACUCAGGCCUGUUCUGUGUCACCGUCAACCCCUAUAAGUGGUUGCCAGUGUACAAUGCAGAGGUGGUGACGGCCUACCGAGGCAAGAAGCGCCAGGAGGCCCCGCCCCACAUCUUCUCCAUCUCCGACAACGCCUAUCAGUUCAUGCUGACGGAUCGGGAGAAUCAGUCUAUCUUAAUCACCGGAGAAUCCGGGGCGGGGAAGACCGUGAACACCAAGCGUGUCAUCCAGUACUUUGCAACAAUUGCAGUCACUGGGGAGAAGAAGAAGGAGGAAGUUACUUCGGGCAAAAUUCAGGGGACUCUGGAAGAUCAAAUCAUCAGCGCCAACCCCCUACUGGAGGCCUUUGGCAACGCCAAGACCGUGAGGAACGACAACUCCUCUCGCUUUGGUAAAUUCAUCAGGAUCCACUUCGGUACCACGGGAAAACUGGCUUCUGCUGAUAUUGAAACAUAUCUUCUGGAGAAGUCUAGAGUUACUUUCCAGCUGAAGGCAGAAAGAAGCUACCACAUUUUUUAUCAGAUCAUGUCUAACAAGAAGCCAGACCUAAUUGAAAUGCUCCUGAUCACCACCAACCCUUAUGACUAUGCCUUCGUCAGUCAAGGGGAGAUCACAGUCCCCAGCAUUGAUGACCAAGAGGAGCUGAUGGCCACAGAUAGUGCCAUCGAAAUCCUGGGCUUCACCUCUGAUGAAAGAGUCUCCAUCUACAAGCUCACGGGGGCUGUGAUGCAUUAUGGGAACAUGAAGUUCAAGCAGAAGCAGCGUGAGGAGCAGGCCGAGCCAGAUGGCACCGAAGUUGCUGACAAGGCAGCCUACCUCCAGAGUCUGAACUCUGCUGACCUGCUCAAAGCCCUCUGCUACCCCAGGGUCAAGGUCGGCAACGAGUACGUCACCAAAGGCCAGACUGUGCAGCAGGUAAGUGAACGGCCUCAAUCAAUCACACACAUCCCCAGCCUUCUCAACACGUCUUUGGUAACGGCAACAAUCAUUACUCUGUCCACGAAGGUAUACAACGCAGUGGGCGCCCUGGCCAAGGCCGUCUACGAGAAGAUGUUCCUGUGGAUGGUCACCCGCAUCAACCAGCAGCUGGACACCAAGCAGCCCAGACAGUACUUCAUCGGGGUCCUGGACAUCGCCGGCUUUGAGAUCUUUGAUUUCAACAGCCUGGAGCAGCUGUGCAUCAACUUCACCAACGAGAAGCUGCAACAGUUCUUCAACCACCACAUGUUCGUGCUGGAGCAGGAGGAGUACAAGAAGGAGGGCAUCGAGUGGACGUUCAUCGACUUCGGGAUGGACCUGGCUGCCUGCAUCGAGCUCAUCGAGAAGCCUAUGGGAAUCUUCUCCAUCCUAGAGGAGGAGUGCAUGUUCCCCAAGGCUACAGACACCUCCUUCAAAAACAAGCUGUAUGAGCAGCAUAUUGGAAAGUCCGCCAACUUCCAGAAGCCCAAGGUGGUCAAAGGCAAGGCCGAGGCCCACUUCUCGCUGAUCCACUACGCUGGCACUGUGGACUACAACAUUGCCGGCUGGCUGGACAAGAACAAGGACCCCCUGAAUGAGACCGUGGUUGGGCUGUACCAGAAGUCCGCAAUGAAGACUCUGGCUUUCCUCUUCACUGGGGGAGCAGCUGCUGAAGCAGAGGCUGGUGGUGGGAAGAAAGGCGGCAAGAAGAAGGGUUCUUCUUUCCAGACUGUGUCUGCUCUCUUCAGGGAGAAUCUGAAUAAGCUGAUGACUAACCUGAGGAGCACUCACCCCCACUUUGUACGCUGCAUCAUCCCCAAUGAAACCAAAACCCCCGGGGCCAUGGAGCAUGAACUUGUCCUGCACCAGCUGAGGUGUAACGGAGUGCUGGAAGGCAUCCGCAUCUGCAGGAAGGGGUUCCCCAGCAGAAUCCUUUAUGCAGACUUCAAACAGAGAUACAAGGUAUUAAAUGCAAGUGCAAUCCCUGAAGGGCAGUUCAUUGACAGCAAGAAGGCUUCUGAGAAGCUCCUUGGGUCCAUCGACGUUGACCACACCCAGUAUAAAUUUGGUCACACCAAGGUCUUUUUCAAAGCUGGUCUUCUGGGGCUUCUAGAGGAGAUGCGAGACGAGAAGCUGGCCCAGCUGAUUACCCGAACCCAGGCCAGGUGCAGAGGCUUCUUGGCCAGAGUGGAGUACCAGAGGAUGGUGGAGAGAAGAGAGUCCAUCUUCUGCAUCCAGUACAACAUCCGCGCCUUCAUGAACGUCAAGCACUGGCCCUGGAUGAAGCUGUAUUUCAAGAUCAAGCCCCUCCUCAAGAGCGCCGAGACCGAGAAGGAGAUGGCCAACAUGAAGGAAGAAUUUGAGAAGACCAAGGAAGAGCUGGCGAAGUCAGAGGCAAAAAGGAAAGAACUUGAGGAGAAGAUGGUUGCUCUGAUGCAAGAGAAAAAUGACCUGCAACUCCAGGUCCAAGCUGAAGCAGACAGCUUGGCUGAUGCAGAGGAAAGGUGCGAUCAGCUGAUUAAAACGAAAAUCCAGCUGGAGGCCAAGAUCAAGGAGGUGACUGAGAGAGCUGAGGAUGAGGAGGAGAUCAAUGCCGAGCUGACGGCCAAGAAGAGGAAACUGGAGGAUGAGUGUUCAGAGCUCAAGAAAGACAUCGAUGACCUUGAGCUGACCCUGGCCAAGGUUGAAAAGGAGAAGCAUGCCACAGAGAACAAGGUGAAAAACCUCACGGAAGAGAUGGCAGGCCUGGACGAAACCAUCGCUAAGCUGACCAAGGAGAAGAAGGCCCUCCAGGAGGCCCACCAGCAGACCCUGGAUGACCUACAGGCAGAAGAGGACAAGGUCAACACGCUGACCAAAGCUAAAAUCAAGCUUGAACAACAAGUGGAUGACCUUGAAGGAUCCCUGGAACAAGAAAAGAAAAUCCGCAUGGACCUAGAAAGAGCCAAGAGGAAACUGGAGGGAGACCUAAAAUUGGCCCAAGAAUCCACAAUGGAUGUUGAAAAUGACAAGCAGCAACUCGAUGAGAAACUCAAAAAGAAAGAGUUUGAAAUGAGCAAUCUGCAAAGCAAGAUUGAAGACGAGCAGGCCCUUGCCAUGCAGCUACAGAAGAAGAUCAAGGAGUUACAGGCCCGCAUCGAGGAGCUGGAGGAGGAAAUCGAGGCAGAGAGGGCCUCCCGGGCCAAAGCAGAGAAGCAGCGUUCGGACCUCUCCCGGGAACUGGAGGAGAUCAGCGAGCGGCUGGAAGAAGCCGGCGGGGCCACUUCCGCCCAGAUCGAGAUGAACAAGAAGCGGGAGGCCGAGUUCCAGAAGAUGCGCAGGGACCUGGAGGAGGCCACCCUGCAGCACGAAGCCACGGCGGCCACCCUGAGGAAGAAGCACGCGGACAGCAUGGCCGAGCUGGGGGAGCAGAUAGACAACCUACAGAGGGUCAAGCAGAAGCUGGAGAAGGAGAAGAGCGAGUUGAAGAUGGAGAUCGACGACCUGGCCAGUAACAUGGAGACCGUCUCCAAGGCCAAGGGGAACCUGGAAAAGAUGUGCCGCACUCUAGAAGACCAGGUGAGUGAACUUAAGACCAAGGAAGAGGAGCAGCAGCGGCUGAUCAAUGACCUGACGGCUCAGAGAGCGCGUCUGCAGACAGAAUCAGGUGAAUUCUCACGCCAGCUAGAUGAAAAGGACUCGUUAGUUUCUCAGCUCUCAAGGGGCAAACAAGCAUUCACACAACAGAUUGAGGAACUAAAAAGGCAGCUUGAAGAGGAGAUAAAGGCCAAGAGUGCACUGGCCCACGCCCUGCAAUCAGCCCGCCAUGACUGUGACCUGCUGCGUGAACAGUAUGAGGAGGAGCAGGAGGGCAAGGCUGAGCUGCAGAGGGCAAUGUCCAAGGCCAACAGCGAGGUGGCCCAGUGGAGGACCAAAUACGAGACGGAUGCUAUCCAGCGCACAGAGGAGCUGGAGGAGGCCAAGAAGAAGCUGGCCCAGCGUCUGCAGGACGCCGAGGAGCACGUAGAAGCGGUGAACGCCAAAUGUGCCUCCCUGGAGAAGACGAAGCAGCGGCUCCAGAACGAAGUGGAGGACCUCAUGCUCGACGUGGAGAGAACAAACGCGGCCUGCGCGGCCCUGGACAAGAAGCAGAGGAACUUCGACAAGAUCCUGGCAGAAUGGAAACAGAAGUAUGAAGAAACUCAUGCUGAACUUGAAGCUUCCCAAAAGGAGUCCCGCUCCCUUAGCACAGAGCUGUUCAAGAUUAAGAAUGCUUAUGAGGAAUCCUUAGACCAACUUGAAACCCUGAAGCGGGAAAAUAAGAAUUUGCAACAGGAGAUUUCUGACCUUACUGAGCAGAUUGCAGAAGGAGGGAAACGUAUCCAUGAACUAGAAAAAGUAAAGAAGCAAAUUGAACAUGAAAAGUCUGAACUUCAGGCUGCUCUAGAGGAGGCAGAGGCAUCUCUUGAACACGAAGAGGGAAAGAUCCUGCGCAUCCAGCUGGAGUUGAACCAAGUCAAGUCUGAAAUCGACAGGAAAAUCGCUGAAAAGGAUGAGGAAAUUGACCAGCUGAAGAGAAACCACAUCAGAGUCGUGGAGUCGAUGCAGAGCACCCUGGAUGCUGAGAUCAGGAGCAGGAAUGAUGCUAUCAGGCUCAAGAAGAAGAUGGAGGGAGACCUCAAUGAAAUGGAAAUCCAGCUGAACCACGCCAACCGCAUGGCUGCAGAGGCCCUGAGGAACUACAGGAACACCCAGGCCAUCCUCAAAGACACCCAGCUGCACCUGGACGACGCGCUCCGGGGCCAGGAGGACCUGAAGGAGCAGCUGGCCAUGGUGGAGCGCAGGGCCAACCUACUGCAGGCUGAGAUCGAGGAGCUGCGGGCGACCCUGGAGCAGACGGAGAGGAGCAGGAAAAUCGCAGAACAGGAGCUCCUGGACGCCAGUGAGCGCGUCCAGCUCCUCCACACCCAAAACACCAGCCUGAUCAACACCAAGAAGAAGCUGGAGACAGACAUCUCCCAGAUCCAGGGAGAGAUGGAAGACAUUGUCCAGGAAGCCCGCAACGCAGAAGAGAAGGCCAAGAAGGCCAUCACGGAUGCGGCCAUGAUGGCCGAGGAGCUGAAGAAGGAGCAGGACACCAGCGCCCACCUGGAGCGGAUGAAGAAGAACCUGGAGCAGACGGUGAAGGACCUUCAGCACCGUCUGGACGAGGCUGAGCAGCUGGCCCUGAAGGGCGGGAAGAAGCAGAUCCAGAAACUGGAGGCCAGGGUACGCGAACUUGAAGGAGAAGUUGAAAGUGAACAGAAGCGCAAUGUUGAAACUGUCAAGAGUCUACGCAAACACGAGAGAAGAGUAAAGGAACUCACUUACCAGACUGAGGAAGACCGCAAGAAUGUGCUCAGGCUCCAAGAUCUCGUGGACAAACUGCAAGCGAAGGUGAAAGCUUAUAAGAGACAAGCUGAGGAAGCGGAGGAACAAUCCAAUGUCAACCUCUCCAAAUUCCGCAAGCUCCAGCACGAGCUGGAGGAGGCCGAGGAACGGGCUGACAUUGCCGAGUCCCAGGUCAACAAGCUGCGGGUGAAGAGCCGGGAGGUCCACACGAAAAUCAUAAGUGAAGAGUAAUUCAACCAAAUGCUGAAAAGUGACCAAAGAAAUGCACAAAAUGUGAACAUCUUUGUCACUCUGUUUUCUACUCCGGAUUUUUGCAGAUAAAAAAUUUAUCCGCAAAUAA